GGUGGAAUAUAGGGAGUUACAAAUUCACACACCUGGAGAAACCAAACAUGUUUACAUGCCAUAAACUAACUGUGCUGAAAUCAUGCUCCAAACUGUAAAUAGUGUUCAGGUCUAAAAGAAAAUUCCGUGAACCCGCGGUUGCAUUACUCGCUUGAAUACAGACGGGCCGCCCGGCAAAACAGCUCUAUAUAUACACCAGAACCUUGCCCCGUGCCACUCCUCAUCAUAACUCACAAACCGAGCCAAGGCCAAAGAGAAAGCAACUAGCCGGCGUCGGGCAUCUCCUCCUCCCGCCGACCCACUCGUACGCAUUCACGAAGCAGCAGCAGCAGCAGCCGGCGCCGGCAAGGAGUGAGGCAUGGGGAACAGCCUGCGCUGCUGCCUGGCGUGCAUGCUCCCGUGCGGCGCGCUGGACGUCGCCCGCGUGGUGCACCUCAGCGGGCACGUCGACGAGUUCACCUGCCCGCUCACCGCGGCCGACGUCCUCGCCGCGCACCCCAACCACGCGCUCACCGCCGCGUGGUCCGCCGGCGGCGCCAGGAAGAUCGUCAUCGUGUCGCCCAACUCCGAGCUCAAGCGGGGCUGCAUCUACUUCCUCAUCCCCUCCGCGUGCUCCGCGCCGGCAGCCGAGAUGAAGAAGCGCAAGAACCGCACGAAGAGGCACGGCCACGGGCACCGAAAGAGCCGCGCCUCGGUGGCUAUGGCGGCGGCGAAGAGCACGGCGGAGCAGGACAACUACCUGCGGGAGCUGCUGUCGGAGAAGCGGGAGACGAGCCACCGGCGGCGGCGGAGCGGCGCCCGCGCCGGCGUGUGGCGGCCGCGGCUGGAGAGCAUAGCGGAGGAGCCCUCAGACUAGCUCCGCUUGACGGAUUUUUCUCGUCCCUUUUCUUUUCUUUUGGAUCUUCCGGUGUGAAUACGAAGAAUCAGCGGCCGAUGAGGAAGCGUUCUGGGUUCUCUUUCGCGGGGCGUUCCAUCUCCCUGUUUGUCUAAGCAUCUUCAGGGCUGUUUGAGCGCUCUUUUCUCGGAAGUCGAGGGAAAAACUGAAAAAGAAAGUAGAGAGGCUAUAAGAUCCAAGCCAAGCUGUACAAACAGAAUUUACUUUGAGUUCAUUUGGUUUGUUUAUCUGCAA